CUGUGAAUGAAGAAGCUCAAGUGGUGGGUCAUUGUCUUAUCUUAUCCAAAUUGUUAAAACAUGGAGAAAGCAGAAAUCCUUUCAAAUUUCUGUUUUAAACAGAAACCCAAAAGGGGAAGGACAGAGAGGCAGCCAGAAGCAUGGCAGCAAGGUUGGUGGUGGUGCAGCAACAAACGCACUCUUCUUUAUCGAGCCUCCCUUCCUCCCUCUCUGACUUCAAUGGCACCAGACUCCGCCUCCCUCAGAUUCAGUACAAACGAAAUUCUUGGCAGCGAAAAGGAGCAUUGCAUGUUACAGCAUCAGCUGAGAAGAAAAUUUUGAUAAUGGGUGGCACUAGAUUCAUUGGGGUGUUUUUGUCAAGACUCCUUGCCAAAGAGGGUCAUCAGGUAACCUUGUUUACGAGAGGUAAAGCACCGAUCAGUCAACAGUUGCCGGGCGAAUCGGACACCGAAUUUGCUGAAUUUUCUUCUAAGAUCUUGCAUUUGAAGGGAGACAGGAAGGACUUUGAUUUUGUGAAAUCCAGUCUCUCAGCUGAAGGGUUUGAUGUUGUUUAUGACAUUAAUGGACGAGAGGCAGUUGAAGUUGAACCCAUUUUGGAUGCACUGCCAAACCUGGAACAGUACAUAUACUGCUCUUCAGCUGGAGUCUAUCUCAAAUCAGAUCAGCUACCUCACUGUGAGAUUGAUGCAGUUGAUCCGAAGAGCAGACACAAAGGAAAGCUCGAGACAGAGAGCUUACUGGAAUCAAGAGGUGUUAACUACACUUCUUUGCGGCCAGUCUAUAUCUACGGGCCGUUAAACUACAACCCUGUGGAGGAGUGGUUCUUCCACCGGUUGAAAGCAGGUCGCCCAAUUCCAAUUCCUAGUUCAGGAAUACAAAUAACCCAACUGGGGCAUGUAAAGGAUCUUGCCGAGGCUUUUGUUCAGGUUCUUGGUAAUGAAAAAGCCAGCAAGCAAGUGUUUAACAUCUCCGGGGAAAAGUAUGUGACUUUUGAUGGAUUGGCAAGGGCAUGCGCAAAGGCUGCAGGAUUUCCUGAGCCUGAUAUCAUUCACUAUAAUCCCAAGGAGUUUGAUUUUGGGAAGAAGAAGGCAUUCCCAUUCCGCGACCAGCAUUUCUUUGCAUCCGUUGACAAAGCAAAGCACCUGCUCGGAUGGAAACCCGAAUUUGAUCUAGUGGAAGGUCUUACUGACUCGUAUAACCUGGAUUUUGGAAGGGGUACAUACAGGAAAGAAGCUGAUUUCUCUACAGAUGACAUGAUUCUAGGCAAAACCCUAGUUCUUCAGUCCUAAAAGCUUCUGCUCUCCUCCUCCUCCUCCUCCUCCUCCUGCUCCUGUAUAACUACUGUCACUUAAGUUUGGUAUUAUCUUACACACGGAUUCAGGUCUUGUAAUUGUUUCUAUAUCAGUAGAAAGUAUCACUUCCAUGUGACAUUCUGAUCCA